AUGGAACAUGAAGCAGACUCCUGGGCAGUAGGGAAUGAUGGUAAUCAACAAAAUAAUAAUGGUGAUCAUUCUGAUAACUUAGAUGGUAUUUGGACGGAAAUGGCAUUUUCCUUGGAAAGCUCAAAGGAAACUCCUGUGGAAGCUUUGGCUGAUGAAAACACAGGAAAAAGAGAUGGAGAAAACUGUGAGCAUUCUUUCAUCCUAACAGAUGAUACUGGCCUUGUGUGUCGAAUCUGUGGACUAAUUCAGAAAAGCAUUGAGACCAUUAUCGAUUAUCCGUUUGCAAAGGAACCAAAGAGACAGAGAACCUAUCCCAGGCAGGGAGCAAGGGGUUCAGGGAAUGCUGAUGAAAACCUUCCUGAGCCUAUCCACUCAUAUCAGGAGCUUCCAGUGGUUGAAAUUUAUGUUCAUCCAAGGCACAGAGCGAUUAUGAAACCCCACCAAGUCGAGGGGUUCAAUUUUCUUGCUAGAAAUUUGGUGGCAGAGAAUCCAGGGGGGUGUAUCAUGGCUCAUGCUCCUGGAUCGGGGAAGACUUUUAUGAUCAUAAGUUUUCUGCAGAGUUUCAUGGCUAAAUAUCCUGAAGCAAGGCCUUUGGUAGUGCUGCCAAGAGGGAUACUGGGAACCUGGAAGAAAGAAUUCCAGAAUUGGCAGAUUGAGGAGGAUUUUCCUCUGUAUGAUUUUUAUUCUGUCAGAGCUGAUAACAGAUCACAACAGCUGGGGGUUUUAAGGCAAUGGGCUGAGAAGAGGAGCAUUAUGUUUCUGGGGUACAAACAAUUCUCAUCAAUCGUGUGCGAUUUAUGCAGUAACAAGGCUUCGGCUGCCUGUCAAGAGAUUCUGCUGAAGUGCCCCUCGAUUCUGAUUCUGGAUGAGGGCCAUACUUCGAGGAAUCAAGACACAGACAUCAUGAGUGCCCUUGCAAAAGUCAAGACGCCUCGAAAGGUUGUGCUUUCUGGGACGUUGUACCAGAAUCAUGUGAACGAGGUGUUCAACAUUCUCAACCUCGUUCGUCCUCAGUUUCUGAAGCUCGAGAGGUCGAGAGCAAUCAUGAGAAGAAUUCUGAGCACAGCUUCAAUCCCAGCUGGGAGAAGGAACAAUAAGCAGCAAAGUUCAGACAGUUUUUUCUUGGAUAUAGUCGAGAAGACACUGUUAAAUGACAGUGAUUUCAAGAGGAAAGCUUCCCUUGUAUGCGAUUUAAGGGAAAUGACAAAGGAUGUUCUUCAGUACUACAAAGGGGAUUCCCUGGAUGAUCUCCUUGGGCUGAUGGAUUUCACUGUUUUUCUAAAGCUUCAUCCCAAACAGAAAAGGUCAGUUGAUAAACUGAAAAUGGAGGGUUCAAAGUUCAAAAUAAGCUCAGAAGGAAGUGCAAUUUGUGUGCACCAUGGCCUUAAGGAUCUCAGCAGAGUAGAUGAUCAAAGGAUUGAUAACACCCUGGCUGAUUUGGAGAUAAGAGAAGGGGUAAAGGCCAAAUUUUACCUAAACCUUCUAAACCUAUGUGAAGCCAUGGGUGAAAAGCUGCUAGUGUUUAGCCAGUAUUUGCUGCCCAUGAAGUUCCUGGAAAGGCUAACCAUCAAUUCCAAGGGCUAUAGUACUGGCAAGGAAAUCUUUUCGAUCACCGGGGAUUCAGACUCAGCAACACGGGAGUCUUCGAUGGAGCUAUUCAACACUUCCCCGCAAGCUCGUGUCUUCUUUGGCUCAAUCAAAGCUUGUGGGGAAGGCAUAUCGUUGGUUGGUGCUUCGCGGAUUGUGAUAUUGGAUGUUCACUUGAACCCCUCGGUCACUCGCCAGGCUAUCGGGCGAGCAUUCAGGCCCGGGCAGGUGAAGAUGGUAUAUGUUUACAGAUUGGUGGCUUCUGGAUCCCCUGAGGAGGAAGAUCACUCCACUUGCUUUAAGAAGGAGUCCAUCUCAAAGAUGUGGUUUGAGUGGAAUGAAUAUAAUGGGGAUCCUGAUUUCAAUAUGCAGCCUGUGGAUCCACAGAAUUGUGGUGAUAUGCUUCUUGAGACAAAACGCUUAAAUGAAGACAUUGUUGCUCUCUACAGAAGAUAA